AUACGCAAAAAUUAAUUUUCACGGGAAAAUGGAGCAACAAGUAGAACAUGUUUUGGACAAAAUCAUGGAAGUUCCUGGAAACAUUGGAUGUAUCUUAGCAAAUAAUCAAGGUCUUUGUCUAGGAGCCAAAGGUAAUGCAUCGGAGCACUCAGCAGGGAUAAUCGUUGCCAUAUCCGAUCUUGCCUCAACUUUAGAUCCCGGUUGUGGCUCUCCAGUGAUUUCAUUAGAAUCUAAUGAUAAGAUAUGUAUGAUUCAUAAACAUGGAAUCACUGGAGCAAUUUACAAAAUGAAAGGAUCAUAGUCUACCAAAUAAUGCUGUAUUUUUACACUGUC